GUAUAUACCUAUAUCGACGAUAUUAUUAUCGCUAGUAAGAAUAUAGAGGAGUACCUUAAGUACGUUGAGAUAGUUCUCAAUAUCCUUGACAAAGUAUACGUUUAUAUUUCGAUAGAAAAAUCCUUUAUAGCCUACCUGUCAGUAAGACUGCUUAGCUAUAUAGUCAAUAGCGAAGAAGUAGCUAAGAUAGACGAUAGGAUCGCUAUAUUUAAGAAACUUAAGUUCUCUAACACCUUUAAGACCUUAGAGUAG